AUGUCUGAUAAUAAUCCAAAUACAAACCAAAACCAAAACCAAAACCAGGCCUCGACUACCACUUCGGUUGCUCCUUCUUCAUCAGGUUCGACGAAUAAUAACAACACCAAUAAUAACGCAAAUAACAGUGAUGGUGGGAAUACACCGAAGGACCGGCAUGAACCUCGGGGACGCAAGCCCAAUGACAAACUACCACCCUCUCGUGCGAGGGAAGUCCAACGAGCAUUCCGUCUACGACGUGCGGAGCAUCUCGCUACAUUGGAAGAACGGAUCCUACACCUAGAACAGGAGAAUGGAUCAUUGAGAGCAUUGUUGAACUUGCCUUUGGCCGACAGGGGCAGGAUAGGUUCGGGACCUACAGGAAGGGGCAAAUCACUCAAAGAAGGUGGUGUACCGAUGUCAGAGAGGGUGAGAGCAAGGAAAGAAGCUAGAGAGAGAGAAAGGAGAGCUUUGGGUCUACCUACUCCUACAGUCGAAUCUUCGGAAAAUGAAACGAAUGACGAAAUGUCAUCGAGGAAUAUGAGAGAUUCAGAAACUCUUUCACCAAGAGCUAGUCUACCCCCACCACCUCCUAUACCAUCUUCAUCGACCUCGUCGUCAUUCCCACAACAUCAUAUUCAACAACCUCUAUUUAGAGAUACCAACACUUCCCCUCAACCUUUCAACUAUCAAUUACCCAUGCCGUUCAAUCUACCUGUAUCGCCCGAUCCGCAAUUCGCAGAUUUCACUACUGGUUUGAAUACUUCGGAUCUGUAUAAGAAUGGAAGUUCUUCGACGGGUGGGAAUGAUUCGACACCGAAUUUCGGUGGGAUGUUCAGUAUGUUUGAUACUCCUCCUAACACCGAGCAGCAACAGCAGCAGCAGCAUCAGCAGACAAACGAAUCUUCGUCGUCUAUCCAGAAUAACAAUAACAAUAACAACAACAAUAUCGCACCAAUUUCACCUCCUAUAACAACACCUCAACCGGUCCAAUUGGAUUUAUUGACAAGGUUAAAAUCAUGUUGUCACGUUUCCGAUUCACACGUAGUGAAUGAUCCAGGAUUGUUAGUAUUUGCUACAAGACUAUGUCAACAAUAUGGAUGUUCGUUCAGCGGACAACAUACGGAUGCACACCCAAGAAGUGAUAAUGAUAAUUUGACUCUGGAAGAUUCUUGGAAAGCUUUGAAAAACACUUUGGAACCUGGUGGUUCUGAUCCGGACGGUGAGAACAGGAUCAAUACUGGAAAGAUGGCUGCGGAGCUGGUGAUCAGAGCGGUGAAUAGUAGAUCGGGUAAUAUGGUGGGGAAUAAUUCGAAUUGGAUAAUGUGUAGGUUUAGGGAAGGAUUGAGCAUUAAGAAGGGGAUGAUAGCGGCUUUGGUACAGGGUUUAGGAGGGACAUUGGAGUAG